CCUCGGUAAUCCGCGCAGGCUGCGCGCAAGGCUGGUCUGAAUUAAGGCUCAUUUUAGAUUGAGGCGGUUGCUCCCACGAGGCGGCUCGGCUUCCUGUUUGCGCUCCGGCGUGGAUCCCGUGCUGGCCCUCGAGGCGAUGUGCGCGCUCGGCCUGCCUUGACCUCAGUAAAGCCCCUCGUUUGAGGCUAGCUGCUCCGUGCCUGCUGACUACAGUGGCCUGAGCUCGGGGUUCGUGCUGGGGAGGGCUCCCUGCGGCUGGGCGCCCAAGCCCUCACCGUGGCUCCCUGGGUGGCAUCUGCGGGGGAGACGGCUUGACGGCUGUCAAGGCUAAGGCGUCCCUGAGGGCUCCCCCAGCAGCUGGGUGUUGACAUGGACGCGGCUUCCUCUUGCACUCCUGGAACGUUCCCUCGUUGGGCCAGCUCCACACCAUGAGAUGCCAGGCUGCCCAGAGAGGUCCCGUGAAGGAAGACGGGGCCCCAGCGGAGUGCCCACUGACCACAGGCAUCCACGGUGGACCAUUCCACCCAGGCGAGCUUUGGGGCAACAGCGGACACACAGACACAGGUGCAGUACCCAGCUGAUCCCAGCAGCCCACGUGAUGUAAGUGGUGGCUGAUCUAAGACACUUAAGUUUUGGGUAUACAGGGGGUACCAUUUUUUAUCUGUUCAGCAUCCCAUCCUUUGGGGGAGCCAACCUGGCCCCCUCCAGGUGGUCCCCAGCCCCCCACCUUCCCACCCUUUCCCCUCUGUUGCCGUCACAGGUUGGCCCUGCCCAUCUUCCAGAAUCUCCCUCUGGGGCUGGAGGUGUUUGGAGCUUAGUCAUCUCGUGGGCUUGCCCUUAAAAACCCAGGUUUUCUCAUUCUAGCUGCUCAGCUUGCUUCUAGGUCACGUGCCAACACUGGCCCCUCUCCCCCCUCCCUCCACACCAUCUCAAGUUAGUUUCUCCUGUUUCCACUAAGGAACCACGAAUGACACAAACGUUGGCAGGAGGGAGGAGAUGGGAGGCCACUGUGCCCUGGGCCAGGGGCUUGGGGACAAGUUCUCACCUGAGAAGGGAGAGGUUCCCGAGGUCCCAGGGUCCGUGGCCCUGUUGCCGAGAGCUGAACUGCUGAUCGUGUCCAGUGGGGGGUCUGCACGGCUGCCCCUGACAGCGGUGGGCCGUGGAGAGGGGCUCGCCGACCCCGCAGUUCUCACCCGGGUGCGGGAUGAUGCGCAGGGCUGGUUGGCUGGCUGCUCUGCUCGGAGACUCCGUGCCGGCGCCCCUGGGCUGAAAUCCUGGAAAACUGAACUGGGGGCAGAGCCCGCAGGCGCUGCACGUGGCACUGGCUGAACUUGCAGUCACUGCAACAAGAGUGGGGCGUUCGCUGGAAAAGGCUGGAAGCGGUUGUUUGAAAGUCAACACCUGGGAGGCCUGGGAAGCCCCCAACCCAGAGGGAGCAGUUCCCGCGCUGGUGGACGGGUCGGGAAUUCCCACAGCUCUGCCUUGCUCCCAGAAGGCUCCGGGCAGCGAUCCCGAGGGUAGCCUGGGGACAGAGAGCUUCCACAGAGGGAAAUGGAAGGAGUCGUGGGUUUCCGUCACCAUUUGUGAGACAAGGACCUGCCCUCUGGACGAUGAGUGUGCCCUGCAGGCCGGUCCACUGAAUGCCCUCCAUCUGGGGGGGCAGAGAGCAGUUGGCCCCUCGUUAGAACUGGCCCUGGGCGCCCCCUCCACCUCACCCGCCCACCGGAACCUGGCUCUGCCACCCGGGAGUGCGAGUCUGCCUCUCUUCAUCUGGGCCUGGGAGUCCUCAGGGCCCCCCAGGCCUGCCCACACCUGUUCCUCCUGGGCCUUUGCUGCUGAACCCCUGGGAGGGGUCAGCCUGGUGACUCUGGGGGCCCAGGGCUCUGUCCUGUCUGGGGCCAGUGGGCCAGGCAGCACGUGGGCCGGGGGGCAGGGCCGGUCCCUUGGGUGGCACGGCCCCUCCUCCCAGCCUUUACUCAUUAGCCAGACUGUGUGGUGCCCCGGCCGGCUGGGCGAGGCUGGCUGCGUGGGUGCUCUGGCCUGUGGCGUGGCUGCUGCCCGGGCUCGGAAUGGACGGCCCCCAGGACGUGGUCCCCCCGGGCCGAGGGAGCCGCUGCCCUGCCCUCCGCAGGCUGGUCCCUGUCGGCUUCGGGGCCGAGGCGAGGACGCUCGUUGUCCUUUCUGGACCCCUGUUCCUCUUCCAGAUGCUGAACUUCAUGACCUACGUCGUGAGCUCGGUGUUCUGCGGACACCUGGGCAAGGUGGAGCUGGCGGCAGUGACCCUCUCGGUGGCCUUCGUCAAUGUCUGCGGAGUUUCCAUUGGAUUUGGCUUGUCCUCGGCCUGUGACACCUUAAUGUCCCAGGUAGGUGGGCCUCCGAGAGCCUGGCGGGGCAGAGCCAGUCCUUCAGCUGCUGCAGAAACGGUGGGGCUGGGGGCCCACCUGAGGCCCCGUAAUGUACCCUGGAUCUGGGAGCUCGUCAGGCCCUGGGCCGGGGCAGCUGUCCCUGGCACACCCACCCCCAAGGGCCACGUGCUGCAGGGACCAGACCCUCCCCUUGAAAAGAGCCCGGGCAGCCGGGGGAGAGAGCCCUGGAGGGAAAGACAGUCCCCUGACCUCGAGUGCGAGGGCCCACGGACGGGGCCUCCAGCUCUCGGGGGCCCACAGCCCAGCGGGGCUCAGCUCCGGGGGUCCCGGGCUCACGGUGGGCCUGGCUGCCACUCACCCCCAGGGAGACUUGGCAGGUGCUCUCGCGCCGGGGGGCGGGGGGCGAUGCCUCCCCCAUCGGGAGCUGUUGGCGAGCCAGGCACGACGGGCGGACGGAGGCUGGGGCUCAGCAAACAGCUGCUGCUGUCCCUCUGUGAGCAGGCCGAGCCCCCGCAGUGGCCGCCCCGGGUGCGAUGGAGGGCUGCCCCACCCCGCCCUGCCGGGAGCCUGCGGUGCCCGGCCGCCCCCCAGCCCUGGCAGGGCCCCCGGGGCAGCGGGCAGGUGCGCGGGGCGUGGGCGCUGACCCGCUGUGUUUCAGAGCUUCGGCAGCCCCAACAGGAAGCACGUGGGAGUCAUCCUGCAGCGCGGCGCGCUGGUUCUGCUGCUCUGUUGCUUUCCCUGCUGGGCGCUCUUCCUCAACACCCAGCACAUCCUGCUGCUCUGCAGGCAGGACCCGGCCGUGUCCAGGCUGGCCCAGGAGUACGUGCAUGUUUACAUCCCAGCGCUCCCGGCAAAUUUUCUUUACAGCCUGCUGGCCAAAUAUCUGCAAAAUCAGGGCAUCAUGUGGCCCCAGGUCCUCAGCGGCGUCGUGGGCAACUGCGUCAACGGGCUGGCCAACUACAUCCUGGUUUCCGUGCUGGGCCUGGGGGUCAGUUCACGCAGGCCGUCUUCCUGCUGCUCUGCGUCGUGAAGAAGAAGCUGCACCUGGACACGUGGGCAGGCUGGUCCAGCCAGUGCCUGCAGGGCUGGGGCCCCUUCUUCCGCCUGGCCGUGCCCAGCAUGCUCAUGACUUGCAUUGAGUGGUGGGCCUACGAGAUCGGGAGCUUCCUCAUGGGCCGGCUCAGCGUGCUCGACCUCUCUGCGCAGGCCAUCAUCUACGAGGUGGCCACUGUCGUCUACAUGAUUCCCAUGGGGCUCAGCAUCGCAGUCUGUUUCCGAGUGGGGACGGCCCUGGGAGCCGCAGACACCGUGCAAGCCAAGCGAUCUGCCGUCUCAGGCACCCUCUGCACAGUUGGCACCUCGCUGGUCGUGGGCACCCUGUUGAGCCUCCUGAGGAGUAAACUGGGCCACAUCUUUACCAAUGACGAGGAAGUGGUCGCCUUGGUCAGCAAGGUCCUGCCGCUUUACGUCGUCUUCCACCUGUUUGAGGCAGUCUGUUGUCUCUACGGUGGGGUCCUGAGAGGGACCGGCAGGCAGGCCUUCGGGGCCGUCGUGAACGCCGUCACGUACUACGUCAUCGGCCUCCCGCUGGGCGUCGUGCUGACCUUCGUGGUCGGGCUGGGGAUCACGGGCCUCUGGCUGGGCAUGCUGGCCUGUGUCUGCCUGGCCGCCGCGGCCUUCGUCACCUACACCGCCUGCAUGGACUGGAAGCGGGCUGCGGAGGAGGUGCAGAAACGUGUGGAGCUGCCGCCCCAGGCCGCUGAGAGCACAGCCCCCAGCCUCAGACCCGGGCCCGAGAGAGCGGUCGUGUCUUCAGUGGCUACGGGCAGCUACCCUGGCGUGACCCUGACAAUGUACUCAAGGCCCGAGGCCCAUCUGGACCUCUUCGGGACUCCAGAAGCAGCCCAACCCCUGCCAGCUCCCCCUGGCAGACUGUCGGCCAAACAGCUGGCCAUCCGCCGAGGGGCUGCUCUGGGGGCAGCGACGGGCAUGCUGGUGGUGGGGCUUGUCAUCAGGGUCCUGACUGCCAGGCCCUAGCAAGAAAGGAAGCAGAGUGGCUGCCCACCCCACAUCCUCAGAAACAGACCUUUAGCCAGUGCUCGUAUGAUGUAACAGGUCUGAACUGCGGUUAACUGCUCUUUAGCAGACCUCAACUGACCGGAAGACGAGGCUCCUGGGGUUGCUACCAUUAUUCAGUAACGUAAAUGGCUUCAAAUUGGAGAUUUCAAGUCAAAACAAAAUGGCAGAUGGCGCCAUUACGUUAAGAAGUGCAUAUUUCUAGGCCGAGUCUGCUGCCCAAGUCUGUACACAAACUUUGUGAAGCUCUGGAAAGGGGGCCAGCGGGCCCCGCGCGGAGACCCCCAUCUGCGUCCUGCCCACGCACCCUCCGCAGAUCCAGGCGCCGUGAGGCCCCGACCAGGGCCGGGCUGGUCACCUUUCCUUCCGUCCUCUCGUGGCAUCCGCAUUUUCACGUAUCACAGACCUUGAGAAACACCUUUCAUACAGUAGCAAUAAGAUACAAACAA